AUGGUUUUUGCUGACAUUGGGACUCAUGGAUAUCAUUAUGUGAUCACAGAUCAAUCCAGAUUCUGCAAAAGGGUACAAAUCCCGUGGCAUGGGGCGAGCAAUGCUUGGCCUGUGGGAAGACUGGAAGAGGCUAUUAAGGAUCUUCACUUGGCUUCAAAGCUGGACUAUGAUGAGGAAAUUAGUGCUGUACUUAAAAAGGCUGCAUAUGAAAAAGCUAAGAAGCAAGAGCAGUCAUCAUCCAUCAGAAGGCCUGGAGGUGUGCCACGUGUCAUGCCUGGAGGUUUUCCUGGAAGCAUGCCUGGUGGCAUGCCUGGUGGUUUCCCUGGAAGCAUGCCUGGUGGUAUGCCUGAGACUGUAGAUUAUAGCAAAAUACUUAACUUAAAAUUGACUCUGGGUUUGCUGACUGAGACAUGA